UUGAUUUCCAGUGCCUAGUUACAACAUGACAGCAAAUCUAGAGCAAAUCUAUUUAUUCUGUCUCCUCAGGCACACGCUGACUGCAGGAGGUGGCAUGACCUCAGUGUUGGCAUUAAAGUACAGCAGUGAUGGCCACCCUACAACACAAAACACAGAGAUGGAGAAUAAGAAAUCUCCAGUCACAUGGAUGUGAAAGACAUGGAUCACCUCCACUGAAGUUUCAAGGAUGGGACCACAGAAAUCUGUCAGCCUUCAGCUGCCUUGCAGGUGGAAGAGAAUCUGUAACAAGAUUGGAAAAGAAAGAGGAGAAAAAUUUUCUUUUCCAUUCCAUGGGAAAAUAACGUGUUGAAUUAUCAUCUGGAAGCUGUGGGAAGAGCCAACAUGAGCAACGAGAGGCCAGUGAACCCUGUUUCAUCUCCACUGACUGAAGGCCUGAAGAGAAAGAGAGGAAGGCCAAAGAAGCAGCCACAGGAGGAGGCUGGGGGACCAUUGCCGGUGAAGAAACCACGAGGAAGGCCAAAAGGAAGCAAGAAAGUGAUCACUGUAAUCGGACAAAUGGUAGAACCUCCUGCUGGAAAAAGGCCAAGAGGGAGGCCCCGCAAGUGGCCCCAGCUAGCGAUCCAAGAAGGAACGUCUGAGGAAGGAAGUCCUCAGGGAAGCAGUGACUGGAAUUUGAACUCAGCGCCUGCCACACAAGGCAUCACUGGAAAAGACGGUUCCAGGCCCAGCAAAACUACUGGUCUUAGGAAGUCUCUGAGUAACAUCCCUGCCACAGCUCAGUAGUAUGCCACCUGCUCAUGUCUUGCUGAAGCCAGAGGACUGGAAAGCAAAUAGCAUUCUUACUGUCAUAUUUUGAAUUCUUCUUUUGUGAUAAUCUCACCCAAUCUUUCUCUCCUGCUGUCUGCUGGCUUACCCCAGCCAUCCAAGCAGGGACUUAAGGGACAAAAAGAAAAAUGCUUUCUCAGGGAGAUGCCUUUCACAGUUUGUAGUAGAUUUUUUGGUAAGGAUAUUAUCUUUUGUAAUGAUACUUCGGUAACACGGUGCCUCGUGCUGCCACAGAUAGCAAUAGUUCAAUAGAAGGACACAGUGUUGACUUGGUAAUACAGAUACAGGAAAGGAAAUCUAUUUACAUAGCUAAAUUCUGAAUUUAUGUCAUAUCACCUCUGGUAGAUGAUGGAGUGGUCCCAAGAGUAAAAUUUUGCUCAUUUGCUCACAGGGACUGUAUCUGGAAGACACUUUGAGUCCUUCCCUCCCUGUAUUGGAAAGAAAAAAAAAAACCUUCAUGGCAUUUCCAGCUUACGUAAUGCUGUUGUUCCAGCGGUCAGUAAUUUGGAUGCUUUAGAGGAAAGCUCACACCCUGGCAACUUGAGGACUGACUCUGAAAUUUUUAUCCUAGCGCUAUCAGCUCAGGCCAUCUUCCAUGAACAUCUUCCAUGAACUAGCUUUUGGCCUGAUGGCACUCCCCAUGAAUUUGAUAGCAACUCUGAGUGAACAAUCUUUACAAGCUUAGUCACAACCACUGGAUUUCAUCACUUCCAAGGAGUGCCUCUAAAGAACUAAAGCAACCAAAAGUUGCUUCCUUUAAAGCUGCAGGAUUCAACUUAAAUCACUGUUGUACCUUCAUCCAUCAUGUGCGUUUGUGGGGUCCUCUAGUGUUGCAGCUAUGCAAAUAAAAGCUUGCAGAUAUAGUUUAGUUUUGGGAGACAGCAGUAUCCUGUUGCUCUGGGACAGGGACUGAAAGCAGCACACUGUAUGUCAACUCUGCUUUCAGUGUCGGAGCUGAUCUUGCUAAAUUCUGAGGAAUGAGGAUAUUUCCAUUACCCACUUGCAACCAAUGAAAUCCUGCGGUUAUUUUCCAUCUGGUGGAUGUUCUGCCUGCCUAUUAAAGGGACAAAGUGGGUAUUUCAAUUAUCUUUGACAAGAUGUAAAAUUGGCUAGCUUUACAGUGUUAAAUAUUUAAACAGAUCAUAAUUGGCUUUAAAUUUAUGGCAGUGCAUAGCAGAAACCCAUGAAAUGUCAGUAUAUAUUGAGCUCAUUUAUUAUCCUUUCAUCAGAGGUCUGUUUCCUUAGCAGGUACGUAUUUAACACAAGAAAAUGUCUGCAGGAUUAAGAGGAAGGACUGACUGGAGAAAGAAAAUAGAAAAACUGUUUUUUUCUCCUCUAGAUCAUUUUGUCCAGUCUGCUGUUUAGUGGUUUUAGGGUUCUGAUUAUGUUAAUUCUGUGUUGUCAGAAUUGCCCUAACAGUAGUUUCUUGUAUAUGGACUUUGGUGGUCUCAGCAGAAAAACUGCAUCACGGUAACCUUUCUUGCCUCCUCUACCACGUAUUGGAGAAAUCAAGGAUUACAUGGAUUGGAUCACAGGGUCUGACCCAAACCUUAUGCUGUAGGAUGAGGCAUGCUGCUGUAUGUGGGAAGUCUGACCUCCUCCUGCUGCAUGGAUAAAUCCAGGUGGGACACCAUGCCUUCAAGUCUGUAACUAUCAAUAGUUACAUGAGAAGAUCCAACUGGUGUUCCUCCAAGUUCAGGCUAGGGCAAGACGCAAAAUUUCCUCUGCACCAUUUUUUUAGAAGCAAAAUUUCAUCUGCGGUUCACAUCUGCAUUCAAAGGGCACCCCAAUGAUACACGAAGGUAUUUCAUCAACUCCUAUACCUGAUUUGUGAGUGGAUUGGCAAAUUUAACAUUUUCCUUCAAGACUGUACUGUGUAUUUAAUUGAGCCCUAUUACGUGAGAGUAAUAGCUGUUACCACGUGAAACUGGAAUUUCAGCUUCUCCUCAAUGGAUUAGGCAUGGCAUCUGUAAGAGACUUGAGCUUUUCUUAUGACACUAGUCAGUCCUUUCUCAGCUGGUAACAUGCUGUAGGGAUGGAAACUGCCUCAGUUAAAUAGUAAAUCCAUUUGAUUUAGGUCAGCAGUGUUCUUCUGGGAUAUGCACUCAAAGUACUCCUCUAGGGGAAAAACAAAACUAGUCUUUGCUACCUCUUAAUAUUCUAUUGGGAAACCACAGCAGAAAACAGAUUUCUGUAAAAAAUAUAACUGCUUGGGAACAACCAGAAUUCCACGCUAUUAGGAGCCACUCUGCAUGUAGUUGAAAUCCCAGUCCGUAACUUCAGCUUCCACUUUUAUGCAGAGACUUGGAAUGAAAGUUCAUGUCUUCUAAAAACAGGCAAAAUUACAGUUGUCUUCAGAGAGCUAGGCUGGCUCUCAAGCUAGUUUUCUCUUAUUUCAAAGAUAAACACUUUUAAUUCCCCAUAGUUAGUUACCUUUUUUGUGUAGCCAAAUCCUACCUCUAAACAAAUGCAUUUCAAAUGUUUCUAAGCUUAGACAAUGGGUCUGAGUCAAAAACAGGUCACUGCAGUGGGAUCAGAACAGGGGAGAUGACAAGGUGCAUUUUCUGGCAAAGUUUGGAAGAUUCUCAUAAAUGGUUCUCAUUUUGGUGUAGGCAUGAAGAGUUUUGACAAUUUGAAAUUAGCCUGUUUGUUUUUAAUAAAGGUAUAAAACGUAGAACCUCA